AUGAGUGCAUUCGUAUUCGUCGAAGUGUGCAGCUACAUCUGUGCACCGUUUUCGGUCGCUUCAAAUGCACUGCUAUUGAUGAUCGUCCGGAACGUUACCAGUCGUCAACUGAAUGCCUACAAGUUGCCCCUUGCCAUGCUGGCCUUCACAGGCAUCGUUCUCUCAGCAACAUUCCUACUUUGUCAACCGUGCGUUCUACUGCACGAAGAUGUGAUCCUGAUAGUAUUACUGGGACCAGUGAUUUUCAUUCAUCCAAUGGUUGCAUCGAUUUGUUUCGUGUUCCUUCAAGCAGCACUUAUCCUUUGGACAAUCCAAAUUGCAUCACCGUUGUUUUUCAAGAUGCUGGCCAGAAAAGAAAAGGGUGCUUUCAAAUGGCAAAUCGGCUCAAUAGUACUGGCAUUGGCGGUGACAUGGCUCCUUAUUAUUGUUCCAAUUAUCGUGUUCUCAUUUGAAUCACACGAAGAGAUUCUUGAGCGUGAAGGCAUCUAUGAGCGUAUUGUGAAGGGCCAGACUGGUUUCGACUGGGUUCCAAGCUACCUCGUCUACAAGCUGAACGUGAUUGGCAAAGUAUGGUUGAUCCUAUUGGUGCUGAUCUGUUCCGUCGGAUGCAUUGCUAUAGCUGUUAGCGCUGUACUAUCUUCAAGUUUGAUGAGAUUAAACGCUAAACUGUCCAAAUGGGCAACCUAUCCGUCUGUCGGUUUUGGACAGAUCGCCAAUACCGCCCGAUUGAAUGCCUGUUCGUUGACGUUGUUGGUACUGGCACCACUAUGGAUAUUUAUGAUAUUCGCAGUUAGUGGACAACCGACAUUCAGUUACUCGAUACCGUUGUUUCUCGGCUGUGCCUUUCUACCAAUUUUCAACGCCUAUUUCGUUCUUUUCAAUAUUCGGGCUUUUCGGAAAGCCAUGUCGAAGAUGAUGUCCUUCAAAACGAAACCCAUUGUCACCGUCUCCCAUGUCAGCUCAGACCCUUAA